UUUGUGGCAGGCAUUGCUGUGGACAUGAGGAAAGCUGGUCUAGCCAUGAACAUCUUCAGGAUUUCAUUAAUAUGCACAGUAUUUUUAUACACUGCAGCAGAAAUUCAGAUGUUAAUUAACCCAGUGAAUUUGCCUGAAAACAUGCUUCCUGGUACUCAGCUAAGUCGAGCUUAUGAUAAGGAUGUAGCUGGAAAACCAGAUGCCUAUCACUUUCUGAAUAAAACAAAGGAUUUUAUCAUCGAUGCAAGUUCUGGGAUAAUCACUUCUACCAAAAGUUUUAAUUAUGAAACUGACCCCAGAAGGUUUCUAUUGAUAGUGGAUACUGGGGGGUUCGUGAGACAUGUUUUGACCAUUAAUAUCAUUGAUGUUCCGGAACCUCCAGACUGUGCUGCUGAUCCCCAGUUUUCUUUAGGCACAGCUACCUUAGAAAUUGACGAAGACUAUCCAUUAUUUCAGCCCAUUUAUAGAGUGACAGCCACAGAUGAGGACUCUUCAAAUGGUGAUAGACUGAUGUACUCCAUUGAGACACAGUUAUCUGGACCAAAGAAAGGAGCAAAUUCUUUUGGAGUGGAUUCUGUGAGUGGCAUUGUCAGCUUGAGAGGCAACGAUACCUUGGAUUUUGAUGCUGGAUAUCAUGUUUUCCAGCUUACACUGAGAGCAACAGACACCACAGGUCUGUUUUGUCAAGGGACACUAAUUAUCAAAAUCAGAAACAUAAAUGAUGAGAAGCCACAAUUUGAGCCAUUUCCUUUAGAUACUAUUAAUGUGACUGAAAAAAAAACUGUUGGGGAAAUUAUAGCAAGAGUGAAAGCAACAGAUCAAGAUGAAGAUAGCAGCAUUACUUAUUCCUUUAAAACUCAGCAGGGAAUGUUUGGCUUGGACCCUUUCACAGGCAUAAUCACUCUUCUUCAGCCUUUGAAUCUUGACAACCCAAAUAACUCUAAAACCUACUCUCUGGAAAUUGAAGCCAGAGAUAAUGGAAAUAAUACCAGUACCUACAUGUUUACAAUUUUUGUUGAGAAUAUAGAUGAUCCAAUUAUCUGUGACUCAAGUUUUUCAAUAGCAGCAGGUGUUUCAGUGUCUGUUCCUGAAAAUGUUCCUGCAUCUGCUUUUAUAUAUAUGAUUCUUGCAAGAGAUCCAGAUCCAGGACAAGAAGUUGAAUUUUUAGUAUUAAAGUCUUCAGUUAAGGCCACUGCCUACUUUACUUUGGAUUCAUACAGUGGUGUUAUUUCUAAAACCACAGAACCUCCUUUGGACUAUGAAAUAAAUCCUAAGCAUUUUCAGAUUGUGGUGGCUGUGAGAAACAGAGGGAAUCUGUCUCUGGAGUCCUGCACUGGCACCAUCACUAUAAAUAUCAGAAACGUUAAUGAUGAGAGUCCUGUUUUUAGAUACAUACCAGAUGCACCUAUAAAUAUUUAUGAAAAUCUGCCUGUUGGAACAAAGCUAGUCAAGUUGACAGCAACUGAUAGAGACAUAGGAGACUCGGUACAUUAUGAAUUUAUAGGUACACAAAAAGAGUUUUCAAUAAAUGAAGAUUCAGGAGAGGUCACAAUUGCCUAUCCAUUGGAUUAUGAAAAUGCAGCCACCCCACAUUCUUGGGUAUUAUAUUUUAGAGCUUAUGACAAUGGAAGAGUGCAUUCUACAACUGGAACGCUCACAGUGAUUCUGCAAGAUGUUAAUGACAAUCCACCUAAAUGCAUUCAGGAUAUUUACAUAAUUGAGCUUCCUGAAAACACCCCAGCAGACACUCUUUUAGUCUCUCUAACUUGUACAGAUAAAGAUGGAACUGUUUCGAAUAACAAUAUCACUUAUCAUUUAAUUAUAGAUGCUUUUGCAAAAGAAACUUUUACCCUAGUGAACAAUAAACUGAAAAUUGGUCCUACACAUCUAGAUUAUGAUAAUGCUAUUUUUGCAGGAAUGCACUUCAAGUACAUAUUGUUUGUGAGAGUUUCUGAUGAAGGAAGCCCUGUAUUAUCAACAAUUAUUACAAUCAUCAUAAGGGUGAGUCGCAUAAAUGAAUUUGAUCCAAUUGGACUAACAUCGGCAUUUACCUUCAAUAUACAAGAAAAUAGUCCAGCUGAUACCCUAGUUGGAAAAAUUACAUUUACAGAUGCAGACUGGCCAUUUAAUAAUAUAAAAUACACCAUUGUUGGGGGCAUUUUAGGAUCACCUCCCAAAUUUUACAUUGAACCAGACACAGGAGUGAUAAAGCUAUUGGAUUCACCAGACAGGGAAAUUGAAUCACAGUACAAGAUACUUGUGAGAAUAACAGAUUUGGACAAUGAUGCUGUUCCCGACCCCCUCAGACAGAGAAGUGGGACUGCUCAGGUGACUGUCAAUGUUCUGAAUAUGAAUGAUGAGCCUCCUGUAUGCAAUCCACCACAUUUGGAAACUCAGAUUUAUUCCAGUAUUAAGUUUCCUUUUAUUCAGCUCAAUUGUUCAGACAAAGAUUCUCCACAGGAGCAGCUGAGCUAUUCAAUUGUAGGAGGAAAUACAAAUAAUCAGUUCACACUUUGGAGACUAGGUGUUGAUCCUCCUGCUCUGACCACCACUCAGAAUUUGCAGUAUGAUGCAUUUCAAGGGAUUCAGGACCCUCUGACUUUCCAGCUACUUAUUGAAGUUACUGAUGAAUUAGGUGGGAACAAAGCUAGUCAGCUGUCAGCCACCAUAACAGCCAUAGUUCAUGUGUUUCCUUGGACCACAACACAGCCAACUUCUUCCACAGAAACAACUACAACUACAAUCACGACUUCUGUCUUAAUAAAGAUUUCUUAUUAUUGGAGCCCUGAUAAUUGGAUUCCUGCAGUGUUAACUCUCACUGGAGUCCUUUUUGUGAUGUGUCUCUAUGCUGUUGCAUGGUGCCUCUUCAAAGAUGCUCCUUCCUGUUCUAGGUUCUUUCCCCACUGCCACGAGCACCAGCGGAACCCACCAACUCUUACUGCCAAAGAGCCUGGGCAGGGACCAAGGCAUGGAAACUUUCUGAAUAGUGACCAAAAACCAAACACAAAGCCAAACUUGCUGCAUGGAAAUCAUCAGCCAUCAAGAGUUUAUGAUGGACGUGCAAUUGACCCUGUGACAGGAAUGGAAUAUCUAUUCAACAGUCAGACUGGUGAAGUCAAGAUGUUGAGUAGUUAAGAAAAGAAAGUGAUUCUGGAGGAAGACAUUUGACUUUAACCAGAAUAAAGGUCACCAUAUCUUCAUGUCACUUACUAUAUCUGAAAAGGUCUUUUACAAAUACAGCUUUUAACAAUAAAACAGUACCAUCUUCUUUUUUUUUCAGAAUAAAAGGAUACUUUCGUGUAACCUGUCACAUAUUUUCUUUU